AAAACUUCAUGCCUGACUGAUUAUGCUGAUGAGGCGGCAAGGCGACGAUCUUUAAUGAUGGUCAGAUCGGAUUGGUGAACAAUUACAUGAAAGGCGAAGCUAAUCGACGCGUCCACAUGCGCCCUUCAACCCGCAGCUGUUCCGGAUGUAGAAAACACACUUCAAACUAUGCUGUCAAUCAAUCAGUGAAUAGUUCUGUCCAUCAGGGCGAAAUCAUGGUAUAUGAAUGUGUUUUGUCGAACCUUCCCUUCGGCAUCUUCCUGGUGUAGACAAUCCCAGAUAUACGCUGCAUGUCAACUUACAACAUCACACUUGUCUGGAAAGAUCAUGUCAAAGGCCGGAGACAAAAGGCCUAACUUGCUGGAAGGCAAAGUGUCGCCGCCUCCUGGAAAAAGACGACAAAUAUCAACAACGACUCAGAAAACGGUCGCAAACUUCUUUACCCCGUCAUCUCAGAAGCUGCCAGAUCCUAUCAAAUGGCGAGAAGUCAAUGGGAGCCUUCUCGUGGGACGGUUUUCCGACUUUUCGCCCAAGCAAAUCCACUCCGCUGAUGGCGCCAAGAUUAAAGUCGCCGCUUUUGACUUUGACUCAACAAUUAUUGCUCCUUUGUCGGGCAACAAGUUCGCUCGUGAUGCGAAUGAUUGGAAGUGGUGGCAUCCAUCUGUGCCUGGCAUCCUGAGAUCUUUGCGAGACAAAGGGUAUGUUCUUGCGAUAGUGAGCAAUCAAGGAGGAAUCAACCUAAACCAUAACCCCAAAUUGCCAAAGGCGCACACGAAACGCCUCCAUGACUUCAAGUCGAAGGCUGCGGCCGUACUUACGCAGCUUGACAUUCCGACCAUAGGGAUCUAUGCGGCCACCGCGAAUGACGUGCACCGGAAACCAAGGCCUGGGAUGUGGAGGGAGUUCUUGAGCGACUCCGACCUGGAGCACGAUGACAUCGACCUGGAGGAGUCAUUGUUCGUAGGAGACGCGGGCGGGCGCACCGCAGAGGGCAAAUUGAAGAAGGAUUUCUCAUGUUCAGACCGGAACUUCGCCGCCAACAUCGGCCUCAAGUAUCUGACACCGGAGGAGUUCUUCCUCAAUGAAGAGCCUCGUGUGUUCUUGAGAGUCUUUGACCCCAUCAACUACGUCGCCAAAGAUGCGAUCAAGAACGGAACUGUUAGCGUCGAGUUAUUCAGCAAGACCGAUUCAUUGGAUAUCGUCCUUUUCUGCGGCAGUCCAGGGUGUGGAAAGUCAACAUUCUAUUGGAAAUACCUUCAGCCACUGGAGUACGAAAGGGUCAACCAAGACCUGUUGAAGUCGAGAGAUCGGUGUUUAAAAAUAGCGUCGGAGUACAUUACCGAUAAGAAGGUCUCUGUUGCUGUCGACAACACGAACGCGGACCCCGAGACACGAGCCCAUUGGGUCCAUCUCGCCAAAAAGCUGAACGUGCCUAUCCGAUGCGUCCUGUUCACUGCGCCCUCAGAGGUAUGCGAGCACAACGAUGUCGUGCGAGCUUUAAACCACGAGGAGAUGAACCCUGAGAAGCGAAACAUCUUGCCGAAGGUUGCAUUCGCGGGGUUUGCGACACGAUACCAACCACCGAAGCUCGAGGAGGGCUUUCAGGAUAUCGUCACGGUGAACUUCCAGUUCGAAGGCACAGCAGAGCAACGGCAGAUAUGGAGCCAUUAUUGGGUUUAGUGCCAGGGACUGGUUCGCUCCCACGGCCGAGGAUACCUGUGGUUUCCGAUCAGAUGCAUCUUCAUACCGCAGUGCAUACUCGUCCUGCGCCAUGUGUGGAUGGCAGAGGAGGAACGAAUACGCGGCGGCCACGCCGACCAAUCUCGAAUGAAUGACCGUUCUACACAGCCUAGCUACCUC